AUGACUUUCCCCGAGCUGAGCAAUGGCAGCUUGAGUGAGAACCGGACGGGACAGAGCAGCCAGAGCGGUGCCAACCGGUCCUGGGGGCUGCAAGGUGAGGAGACCCCCGAGGGCAACGGCACCACGCUGACUUUCGCCUUGGACGUGCAGGCGGUGGGCAUCGGGGUCUUCCUGGCAAUCUUCAUCCUCUCGGCCAUCGUGGGGAACAUCCUGGUCAUCCUCUCUGUGGCUUGCAACCGGCACCUGCAGACGGUCACCAACUACUUCAUCGUUAACCUGGCCAUCGCCGACUUGCUGCUCAGCACCACCGUGCUGCCCUUCUCGGCCACCUUGGAGGUGCUGGGCUUUUGGGUGUUUGGGCGCAUCUUCUGCAACAUCUGGGCAGCCGUGGAUGUGCUGUGCUGCUCCGCCUCCAUCAUGAGCCUGUGUAUCAUCUCCGUGGACAGGUACAUCGGGGUCAAGUACUCCCUCAAGUACCCCACGAUCAUGACCGAGAGGAAGGCUGGGGUCAUCCUCGUGGUGGUCUGGCUCUCGUCCAUGGUCAUCUCCAUCGGGCCGCUGCUGGGGUGGAAGGAGCCACCGCCGCCGGAUGAGAGCAUCUGUAGUAUCACUGAGGAGCCAGGCUAUGCCCUGUUCUCCUCGCUCUUCUCCUUCUACCUUCCCCUCAUGGUCAUCCUGGUGAUGUACUUCAGGAUCUAUGUGGUGGCCAGGAGGACCACCCGGAGCUUGGAGGCAGGGGUCAAGAAGGAGAGAAAUAAAUCUAUGGAGGUGGUACUGCGCAUCCACUGCCGCAGCGUGCUGGAGGAGCCCCUCUCCAGCACCCGGAACAAGGGGCACAACUUCAGGAGCUCCCUCUCCGUGCGACUCCUCAAGUUCUCCCGUGAGAAAAAAGCAGCCAAGACUCUUGCCAUCGUUGUGGGUGUUUUCAUCCUCUGCUGGUUCCCCUUCUUCUUUGUCCUGCCUUUCG